AUGUGGGUUGAGCAGUGGAGAGAGAGGAGGCUGAGAAGCUAAGAAAAGAACAAAAACACACCGAAGAGAGAGAGACUUUUAUUAUUAUUAUUAUUAUUAUUAUUGCAGUUCCAUUGUUGAAGAUCUGUUCAUUUUAGCUUGUUUGAUGGUUUCAGGCUAGAUAGAGGAAGAACAAAGGUAGUCUUUCUGGGAUCAUUCUAUUAUUGGACCUUUUUUGUGUAGUGGUGUGAUUUAGGGGUUGGGCAGGGAUAAGGGGUGUUCGAGAGAAGCAAAGAAGAAUAAAGCAGGAACCGUCUUUUUCCUGUAUCUUCUUCCUCUGAUGAAAUCCAUGUGCCUUCUGGGCUUCUCCUUGAGUGGCUUCUCGAAAAGGUGUGGUCUUGAUGGAUCCCUGGGCUGGAUGCAGUGAAGGCAGAGGCAAAUUGGGAAUUGUGAGUAGCUGAAAAAGAGUAGGAGGAGGGAGCUGCCAUGUCAUGUGGAACUGCUUGACAUGAGAGCGUCAGUGCCCUCCUCACUUUGGAUCUGGUUUCGUUUUGUGGCCAGACAUGUGGGAUGUGUUCCAAGAUCUUGUCUUUGACCUGAAGGUUGCGAAGGACACAAGAAGAGGAAGAUCUUGCCUCCUGCCCUUGUGCUUCUCCGAAAGACUGGCUGCGUUCGUCUCACUGUCUCAUCUCGAAAACCUUCUUCUGGAAAGUUCGCAUCUUGACUGGGUGGCUGUUUGGCUUUGUCCUUCAAUACCAUUCUGCAACUUCCUCUGCCAUUUUUGAAGUUUCGUGAGGCGAAUCCUUUGAAGGAUGGCCAAGAAAAGGGUCGCCUUUGCUGGUGACCGGUACAGCAAGAGUUUUGUAAGGUCGAGAAACGUGUUGAUGGUUCUAUCUGUUCUCUGUUGCGUCAGUUGCUCGAUGUGGUUAUUAUGGAAGCCGGGGAACUCCGGGAUUUUGGAGAAGUUUAGGGAUUUGCGAAAUCCAAUAAAGAAGAUGCUGUUCGAUCGAUUCAACUCCAGAUCAGAUCAAUUGCGGGCCUUGGCUUUGCUGAUCUCCUCACUGGAUCAGGGAAGAUUCUUUGAGUGCAUGAACAAAUCUGUAUCUGAUGCAAAGCUAGGCAGUAAGCUGCUGCAAACAUUAAUAGCACUAAAUUCAGAAAUGGACCAUACCCAAGGCCAGCAGGACCUGAUAGGGAGAAACAUAUUCUUUGGUGGGAGGUGUUCAAUUCAAAUUGGUUGCAUAAACUCUACAGAAUCAUCUCUGUCAUGUAUCACCCCCCAAAAAAUUAUGCCUUCAACAACCAUAGGUGCAACAUCUCAAAAGGACUCCAAAACUAUGCCAUAUGAGAGAGAAUUGGCAAAAUCUUCACUGGAUCAAGUGAGAGUAUUUUCUAGAACUUUGUAUGGCAUACGUUCUCAGCCUAUAGUGGCUAUAGGUUUCUUCUCUGGGGGAUUUGCUUUUGGAGUAUUUACGAAGUCCUUAAAUAAACAAUUUCAGUUGCAAAAGCAUUAUAGAUCACGCAGAUGGAGCAAGAAUUUCCUGAUUCUAGGCAUCCUACUUGGCCUUUCAAUCUCCUUGUGGAUAUUUGUUAAUAUGAAUGCAACAAUUACUGAGAGAAUGAAAGAGACUCUUGUUAGCAUGUGCGAUGAGAGAGCUCGGAUGCUGCAGGAUCAGUUUAAUGUGAGCAUGAAUCAUGUACAUGCUUUAGCCAUUCUAGUCUCAACUUUCCAUCAUGGGAAGCAACCUUCUGCAAUUGAUCAGCAAACAUUUGCAGAGUACACUGGAAGAACUGCAUUUGAGAGGCCAUUGAUGAGUGGUGUUGCUUAUGCUUUAAGAGUAUUACAUGCAGAGAGGGAGGAGUUUGAGAAGAAGCAUGGAUGGAGGAUCAAAAAGAUGGAGACUGAAGAUCAAUCCCUGGUUAAGGAUGACUACAACCCUGAGGAGCUUGACCCCUCUCCUGUUCAAGAUGAAUAUGCACCAGUUAUAUUAUCACAAGAGACAGUAUCACACAUAGUAUCAAUUGAUAUGAUGUCUGGCAAGCAAGACCGUGAGAACAUACUACGAGCAAGGGCUAGUGGGAAGGGUGUCUUGACUUCUCCUUUCAAUCUUUUGAAGUCCAAUCAUCUUGGUGUGGUGCUUACUUUUGCAGUGUACAACACUAGCCUGCCUCCAAAUGCUACACCAGAAGAACGUAUUAGUGCCACUGUAGGAUAUCUUGGUUCAUCCUUUGAUAUCCCAUCUUUGGUGGAUAAACUUCUUCAUCAGCUCGCCAGCAAGCAAACCAUUGUUGUUAAUUUAUAUGACACAACAAAUGUUUCUGCACCAAUUAGGAUGUAUGGUCCUGAUGCUGCUGGCGUUGGCGAGACGUAUAUUAGCAAUGUUGAUUUUGGGGACCCCACCCGUAAGCAUGAAAUGCAUUGCAGAUUCAAGCACAAGCGUCCACUGCCUUGGUCAGCAAUAGCAAUGUCUGUAGGGGUUGCUGUAAUUGUUCUCCUUGUGGGACAUAUAUUUCAUGCCACUCUAAACCGUAUUGAGGAGGUGGAAUAUGAUUAUCGUCAAAUGAGAGAGCUGAAAGUCCAAGCAGAAGCUGCUGAUGUGGCAAAAUCUCAGUUUCUGGCAACAGUUUCACAUGAAAUCAGGACUCCAAUGAAUGGUGUCUUAGGUAUGCUACAGAUGCUGAUGGACACAGAACUUGAUCCAACCCAGAAAGAUUUUGCAAUGACUGCUCAAUCAAGCGGAAAGGCUCUAAUAGCUAUAAUAAAUGAGGUCCUUGAUCUGGCUAAGAUAGAAUCUGGCAGACUUGAGCUAGAGGCUGUUCCUUUUGAUCCUCGUGAUGUUCUGGAUAAUAUAUUAUCUCUAUUUUCUGACAAGUCUCAAGCUAAAGGCAUAGAGAUGGCUGUGUAUGUAUCUGAACAAGUUCCAGAGAUUUUGAUUGGAGACCCUGGACGGUUCAGGCAGAUUAUUACAAAUCUUGUUGGAAACUCAGUGAAGUUCACAGAAGUAGGACAUAUAUUUGUUUCAGUAUAUCUCAUUGAAGAAAUAAAGAAUAAGGAAGGCGACCUCUGUGAGACACUAAGUGGAUUUCAGGUAGUUGAUAAGCAAGAAAUCUGGGAGAAUUUCACAUUGUUGAAAUCUUCAACUGGAGGUAAUAAUGGUAUCAACUUGAUUGUGAGUGUUGAAGACACUGGUGUGGGGAUACCUCAAAAUGUUCAGUGCCGUAUUUUUACACCAUUUAUGCAAGCUGAUAGUUCAACUUCAAGGAUGUAUGGAGGGACUGGAAUUGGCCUGAGCAUUAGCAGAUGCUUGGUCAAUCUUAUGGGAGGUGAAAUUGGCUUUGUUAGUAUGCCAGGGAUUGGCAGUACAUUUGCUUUCACUGCUGUAUUCAGGGAAGGAUGCAAAAGUUCGGGCAACAUAAAGAGGCAUUAUUUUGACUCAACUCUAUCAAAUGUUCAAGGCAUGAGAGGAUUAGUUGUUGAUGGCAGACCUAUCCGUGCUAGAGUCAUUGAGUAUCAUUUGCAAAGAUUAGGUAUACAUGUUGACAUCGUAACCAAGCAAGACAUGGCAGUUCAGACCAUAUUGGACUCAUGCUGUACCAGUGGGAGAAAUCAUAUAGACAUGGUUCUUGUUGAUAAAGAUGCUUGGGGUGAGGGUUCAGGCAAAUCAUUUCCUCGUCUAUUUUCAGAAUGCCAACAACAUGGUACAUUGAUGCCCCAAGAACAUCAACCAAAGAUGUUUUUGAUAGCAACUUCCCUAACCUCUACAGAGGUUUCUGACCUAAAGUCAGCAGGCUACGAUGAUAGCAUACUGAAACCACUACGCUUGAGUAUGAUCAUUGCUUGUCUUCAUAAAGCACUAGGCACUGAGCUGAAGCAGCAGCACACCAAGAGGAAACCUGUGGCACUUCAAAGUAUUCUGAGGGGCAAAAACAUUCUAGUCGUUGAUGACAAUCUAGUCAACCAAAGAGUUGCUGCUGGUACUUUAAAAAAGUUUGGUGCUAGAGUUACAUGUGUAGAUUCUGGGAAGGAAGCUAUUAGAAGGUUACAGCCUCCUCACAAUUUUGAUGCUUGCUUUAUGGAUGUUCAGAUGCCGGAGAUGGAUGGCUUCGAGGCCACACAAAAGAUCCGGGACAUGGAAAAUAGAGUUAACGAAUUGAUUAAAUCAGGUGAUGCAUCAUCAGAGAUUUAUGGCAGUGUAUCUCACCGGCCUGUACCUAUAUUGGCUAUGACAGCCGAUGUAAUUCAGGCAACACAUGAACAUUGCCUUCGCAGUGGCAUGGACGAUUAUGUGUCGAAGCCUUUUGAAGAACAGCAGCUCUACUCGGCUGUUGCACACUUCUUUGAGUCUGAGACAAAAGAUGGAGUUGCAUAAGAGUGAGAAAUUUUAUUGGUGUGUUCUAAUGCACUAACAUUUGUCAAGGCAUUGAGUGCUAGAAGAUAAUGGCUGGCAUGGGUCCGCUGAGGAGUGGCACGCCGUUAGCUGAAGCUUGACCAACCUCAAUGUUCUUCUUGUUUGGACUAGCUAGCAGCUCUACGUUAAGAGAUCAUGUCCAGCACAAGCUACAAGUAAAGCGAGUGGUUUUAUUUUAACCAUUUCAAGUCCAUGAAAGAUGCAUUAUUGCUGGAAGAAAUAGGGCAUUUUGGAGGUGUAUAUAAGUUGGCUAAUGUCGACCAGUGGAAUGUGUUUGUUGUAUGCUCCCAUGACUUUUUGACAAAAGAUGUAAAUUCUUUGGAUCUUUGUGGUAUAAUAAAUAAGAUCAGCAUCUGUUCUCCCAA